CGUCCGGCGGCUAUGGGUCACUAGUUAAUUAGCAUAAGUUCGUCUCCCUCGUCGUCCUCGUACACCACCAAACUCCAUCCGAGCACAAGAAGAAAUCAAAUCACACGUACGUACAGCUCGAUCCGGCCGGGGCGGCGAAAUGGGGCGCACCAACAAGUCCUCCCUCGCGCUGGCGUGCCUGCUCGCCCUGCUGCUAGUGCAGCUACCCCGAGGAGCCCGUGCAGACGGGGAUCUGUGCGGCAAGGUGAAGUGCAGCAUGGGGAGCUGCGGCGAGUCCGGCGACUACAUGUUCGGGUUCGCCUGCCGCUGCAACCCGGGGUGGAGACGGUACCAUCUCGGCGACGUGGACUUCCCCUUCCUCCCCUGCGUCAUACCAAACUGCACCAUCAACUACUCGUGCCAGGACGGGCCGUCUCCUCCGGCUCCGGCACCGCCGCCGCCAGCAGCGCCACCGCUGACAAACCUCUCAGUCUACGACCCUUGCUUGAUGCAGUACUGCGGGGGCGGCACCUGCGAGAAGGUGGAGUCCUCGGCGUUCGCGCACAGGUGCGCCUGCCCCGACGGCUUCAAGAACCUCCUCGACGACGCCGCCUACCCCUGCUACCGCCAGUGCUCCCUGGGAUCAGGCUGCUCCGACCUCGGGAUCGGCAUACUCAACGGGUCCGACCCGAGCACGUCGCCGCCAGCACCCGUCUCCUUCACCGUCCAGAAGAGCGGCGCUGCAGGCGGUUCAGCACCACCGGCGCACGGGCUGCUGGGGCUCCUCAUACUGAUUUCCUUCUUCUGGGCCCACAGUUUUGUGAAUUAGUGAUAGUAAACCAAGUGUGUGGCGUUUUUCUUUUGCGUGGAAAUUAAAAAAAAUGCAUGGCAAGUGUGUGGCGUUUGAUUGGGAACCAUAUUGUCCCACUUUUCGUAUAGGACGAGUAUACAUUUUGUUUCGGUGAUCGCAGAAAUAAAAU